CGCCGCUGCCGCACCGUCGGCUCCAGACCGGAGAGCAGCGAGCGAGCGCCCGCCGCUGCUGCCGCCGCCUCCGCGCCGCGGCUCGCCCCGGCCCCCGGGCAUCCCCCGCCGCCACCAUGCUGCCCCUCGGCCUGCUGCUGCUCCUCGCCUGCGUCGGCGCCGCCCGGGGAAACCUCUCCCGCGACGAGAGCCAGCCCACGACGUCGGACGAGACCGUGGUGGCCGGUGGGACGGUGGUGCUCAAGUGCCAGGUGGAGGAUCCCGAUGACUCCUCACUGCAGUGGUCCAACCCUGCCCAGCAGACCCUCUACUUCGGGGAGAAGCGAGCCCUGCGAGAUAACAGGAUCCAGCUGGAGAGGUCCACACCCAACGAGCUGACCAUCAGCAUCAGUGACGUGGUGCUGUCGGAUGAGGGGGAAUACACCUGCUCCAUCUUCACCAUGCCCGUGCGGACUGCGAAGGCCCUGGUCACCGUGCUGGGAAUCCCCCAGAAACCACAAAUCUUCGGCCACGAGCAGCCCAUCGAUGAGGAGAAGAUAGCCCGGCUGACCUGCCGGUCCUCUGGCAGCAAACCUGCGGCCCAGCUCCGGUGGAAGAAGGGCAACAAGGAGCUGAAGGACGAGGGCACCGAGGUGGUGGAGGACCCCAAUGGAAAGACCUUCACGGUGAGCAGUCGGGUGGAGUUCCGCGUCACCAAGGAGGACAACGAAGCUGAGGUGACCUGCACCGUGGACCACGAGUCCCUGCAGAACUCCGAGAGGUCAACUACGCAGAAGCUGCAGGUCCACUACAAACCGACGGCGAAGAUCGAGCCGCAUCCCCAGUACCCGCGGGAAGGCGAGAAGCUCCAGCUGCAGUGCGAUGGGCAGGGCAACCCCAUCCCCCAGGAAUUCCUAUGGGAAAAGGAAGGCAGCGACGCGCCCCUGCAGCUGAGCUCCGACAGCGUCCUCAUCUUCCCCUUCCUCAACAAGAGCGACAGCGGCACCUACGUCUGCACGGCCACCAGCUCCAUGGGCAGCGUCGUGGCCAAGUACAACCUCGACGUCAGCGAUGCCAGCCCCGUGCCCUCGACCUCCAGCACGUACCACGCGGUGAUCGGCGGGGUGGUUGCCGUCAUCGUCUUCCUCCUCCUCAGUCUCCUCAUCGUCUUGGGACACUACCUGAUCAGACACAAAGGUAUGUGCGUAAGACACGGGGAGACGGUCACAGCCAGACAUCGGCAAAACCCAGCAGAGGUGAUGUGCACUUACCUGACCCACGAGGCCAAGGGGUCAGACGAUGCCCCGGACGCCGACACGGCCAUCAUCAACGCAGAGGGCGGCCAAGCCAGCGGCGACGACAAGAAGGAGUAUUUCAUCUAAGGGCGGCGGAGAGAGUGAGAAAUGGAGCCAAGAGACCCCGAUGGAAACGGAAACCAGACCACAAAACCCCACUCAACCCAACAGAUUUUCUCUCGUGCCCGGCAGGGGCAGACGGACGGAUGGACGGACAGACGGACAGAGGGAUGGCGGGACAGAGAGCAGAGAGCGACCGGCCCUGAGACAUGAUGCUUCUUCUUGAACUUGUACAAAACGUUAUUACUACGAACAGCGAAAGCCCCCGGCCCCGUUUGCUUGCUUGCACCUCCAUCCCUGCGCCCGGCGCUCGCGCGAAACACAGACCAACCAGUGAGUGAGCGACUUUUCCUUCUUCCUUUGGACCUUUGCUUUGGUUUCGUGGCUGCUCUUUGCUUUGGGCCCUUGGUUGGGAUGUUGGGCUGGGGUCGAUGUAGCUCUUUCCUUUUGUUUUCUCUCCAUUUUGGUUUCUUUGACAUCCAAGGAUAAAAUCAGCUCCGGGCUCUGGCGCAAGCUCGGGGGCAGCUGGGAGGCUCCUCUGUCGCCAACGCUCGCCCCAUCCCUCCCGCCGAGAGCCGGGACCCACGUUCCCGUCGUUCCCCCCAGCCUCGGCUGCCGGACGAUGGCCCCAGCCUCAGCUGGGACGGGGACCGUGGCCGGUGGGACGGGAGCGGGAUGCCGGCGGGCAGCGUCUCCGCCUCCGAGGUCGUGGUGUGGGGCUGGGAUCGAGCCGGCGGGGGGGGGACGACCCCGGCCCCUGCCCUGAUUUUAUCCUUGGUGGUUCUUGUCGAACAGUGUCCAUUCGGGAGGAGAGCCGUCCUCCUGCGGUUGAUGUGUGAUGGGGGGGUGUUGAGCUUCCAGGGUGGGAACCGCUGAGGCCCCCGGAGAGACGGGAGCGCUGCAGCUCCCCGGUCCCACCCCGGCGGGAAGCGGGGGGAGGGCAGAGGUUUUGUGGGGGCGAAUCCAGAGGAAAAAAAAAAAAAAAAAGCCCCGACUUUACAAAUUCUCCGGUUGGAAACAUCAAUUUAAACCAUCUAUUGAGAGGUUCAGUGCAGGAGGCCACCUGCGCCGGGAGCACCGGGCAGAGCCGGGAGAGCCGGGGGGGGCCUGCGGCCAUCGCCGUUCCCCUCUUCGGCUCCCGGAGCCUCUGGAAAAGGUAGUUUGGACCCUGAUGGUGGCUUCAACCAAAGCUCACGCAGCCGGUGGCACCGCGGGAGCUGAGCUGGAGAUGACCCGCUCCCCAGGAGCUGUACGGAGAGGGGCUCCAUGGGGGUCUGCUUCUCGGAGCUCGCUGUCCCCCUUCCCUCCCUGGCCCCUUCCCAGGGCACGUGUGAGCUUGGAAAAGGCCGUUUCCCUCUCGGCUCCAAGGGGCGCAGCCAACAGCGGCCAAAAUACCCGGGUUUAGCGUCUCGGUGGUUUGGGGGUCUCCGAGGAGGCUUGGGGGGGCCUUGCCCCACCUCCUGCCUGUUCCACUCUCUCUCCCACGACAAAGCCAAGAAGCUUUCCCAACCUCUCCAGCAUGUCCCCGGGGUCCCCUUGGCCCAUCCCAACCCCACAGCCACGGGAAUGGGGCUGCAGGGACGACGCGCUCCGGCAUCCACAGGACACCCCCCCCUCGGGGAGCCAGGCCCCAUCCCUCACCCUUGGGAUGUGGUUUUCCCAGUUUCCCAGCAUCUCUCGGUCUGGACACAAGGGGUUUUUGCAGGAGCCACCACCCUUCGAUGGGGCACCCCUUCCGUUUCGGGCUGUCUGGAGGAGGAGAGCCCUUCGGGAAGGAGCAAAAGCCCCGGGUUGGCGCGGGUGACCUCACCUCGGAGGUGGAGGAAGAGCUUGCCGUGGGGCACCGGGUGCCCGUGGGGCAGGGAGCGUCACCGCGCGGGAGGAGGACGCCCAGGGGGAAGCCGUCGCGGAGCGAGCGGGGCUGGAAGGGGGCUGGGGCCGAGCAGACGAGGAAGAAGAGGCACGGCUCGGCGGCAGGCGCCGGGUGGGAGCGAGCGGGGACGCGUUUGCGGCACGGGCGCGGAUGUGGCUGGUUUCACCGCGGCCAGGCGGGGUGUCGGGAGCACGCGGGCAGCGGGGUGGCAGCGCCUCCAGAGAGAAACGCGGGAAGCCUUCAUCGUACGCGGCGAAGGAAACCGGCCGUUGUUGUUCCUCCCUUCCCAUCUCCUGGAAGAAGGAAGUCGGCCUGGGGUCCCAACGGUAGCGCCGAGCUCGGUUUGAGGGAUGCAGCCGCCCGUUCCGAGGGAUGCAGCCCCUCGUUUUGAGGGAUGCAGCCGCUGCCGCCGGAGAUAACACUGCAGAUGCCGCCGCUCUUAGCGACUCCGCUGCACACCGAGCAUGCGUGACCGUGCAGCCUUGACGCUUCGCUGAAGAUCUUUCACAUCCACUGCCGAAUAGACCCAAUUUCUUCAAAUAAAACCGCCAGGACGCGUUUUUCAAGUGCAGUUUAAUCUCGUCGUAAGUCUACGUGCCAUCGGUGGCUACAAAGCAAGCCCCGAGCCGGGGGUCUGGGAGGGAAAUGGGAUAACUGGUCCCUAGGGAAAGGGAGGUGGGAGCCGAGGUCGGGCAGGGACGUCGGUGGCCCGUGGAGGCAGCGCGGGCACGGCCGUGGCUGGUUUCUCUCCGGAGCUGGUGCUGGUGGUGGCCACGUAGCCCUGGUGAGAGCGGGCAGGAUUUGACCUUUUUGAUGUGCCUCGUGCUGUGGGAGGUGGCAGGAUGCGGCGUGGGGAGGAGCGGGCGCGGGCAGGACACUGGGGCAAGACCUGCUGCCCCUGGUCAGCCGUGGGUGGGCUGGGUCUCACCCCGGGUGGGCGCGUUGUCCCGCGACGGCCGCGGCGAGAGGCCAAGCUACGGCCCCAGGCGCCGCAGGUCCUGGGAGCGGUGGGAGCGUGACCGCGAGGAAGAGACCGUCUGCAAGAGCCCAAGGGCUUUGGUAGGUGCAAGAGAGCAGUAGGCACGCUGCCGCCGGGGCGAUGGAGACCCCGUGUCGCUGGUGAGGGGGUGGCAGGUGGACCAGGUCACACGCCGUGGGGUGAGCCGUCGGUCACCGUCGCGGGGCUGCGGUGGGGCACGUCGCGGCGGGGGAGAGCGCGGUGAUGGUGCACCCACCGUGCUGCCGGUGUGACGGGACGCGCCACGUCGUGAGCGUGAUGGAGAAACCACUCGGAGCUUGAGGCCCUGACGAGUAGAUCAGGUCACGGGGGUGAGGUGUGGUGGGAAACGCCGUUUUGGGAGCCCCGGGGCCAUGGUGGGGUACCCGGUGUGUUGAGUCUUCUGGGGUGGUGGGCGCACGGUGUCACCGGCGUGCAGAGGAGCAGGUCCACGGCCGUGAGUGGGGGCACGAGGGGUGUCAGCCGUGAGCUGCAGCGCACCGCGAGCGUGUUUGGUGACGGGGUGGGGGGGGUGAUGGGGUACACCCUGCGUUGGGUCUGGGGCACGUCCUCUUGUACACGUGCGCAGCGCUGGGGGACACCGGGUCAAGGAGGGUUGGGAGGUCAAGGAGGGUUGGGUCCACCAUGUCGUAAGAAGCGGAGGUGACGUGGGGCGUGGGGAGGGGUUGACAAUCUGCACCUUGGCGUUCGCACGGGGGUGGCACUGCCAGCGGUGCGGGGAGGCGGUGGGGGACACGCUGGCGCUGGUGUGGCUGAUGGUGGAUGCGCCGCGCGGCAGGGGGGAAGAAACGACGGGGCGGGUGGUGACAUGGGGGACACCCCGUCACGGCGCAGAGGGGACACCAGGCUCCCGUUCCUGGGAAUAUUGUCACCUGGGAGAGCCCAGGGCACCAGCCACCUCCCCGGCCCUCGGUGGUCCCUUUGCUGGGGGGGGGGGGGGGAGGUCCUUAUUGACCACGCGGGCAGGGGACCUCCAGCCCCGUGUCCACCCUGUGCCACCGCGGUCACUCGUGCUGGGUCCGGGGGCAUCCCAACCGGGACACGGCCAGCGCUGGGGGAUGGAGGAGGAUCCGGGACCCUGUGGCCCCCCGUUUGCACCCAGGUCCGUUCACCUCCCGCUUCCCGGCCGGCACUGAACUCUCAAUAGACACGAAAGCCAUAUUUGUAGGGAGCUCUGGAGACGCCGUGGGGCGGCAGCGGGGCAGGGCAGAGGACGGUCUGUGUUGUUGUGCUGUGUUCUUCUUGUAUGUACAUAAAAAGGGAGACGACGAACGUUGAUGUGACUUUAUAACCUUUCUAAUAUCCUGUGCUAAUCUCGGAAAAUAAUCCUAUAAAUAUAUCUGGAUUACACACCUUC